UGACGGCCGCUUUGUCAGCUCUCAUUGGCCGGUACGUGCUGCGUUAUCGCGUUUUUCAAGAAAACCCUAAAUAUACUUGUGCCGGGUGGCGGUGUGCGGUGUGCCCUGGAAAGCCUACCUACCGAGGAAGUCCCCCGCAGCAGGCGCCGACGAAAAGGACCAGCAAGCGCUUUCGCUCACACACACGACACGCCGAGCGGUAUUUAGGUCGUGGCGGACUCGAGUGCCACACCAGCGAUACAGCGCCGCUAUCGAGUUGCCGACGGCGGGCUAAACGUUACAGCGAACCCGACACGCGAAACUUCGAAGCAUCGCUCAGCCUGUGCUCGUUCUAAGGUUGCCCCGAGGCCGACAUGGGAGACGUGGGACCUUACCAAGACGGUUACAUGGAGCAAGAAGAGGAGUGGGAGCGGGAAGGUCUGCUCGAUCCGGCAUGGGAAAAGCAGCAGCGCAAGACGUUCACAGCAUGGUGCAACUCGCACCUGCGCAAGGCGGGCACCCAGAUCGACAACAUUGAGGAGGACUUCCGCAACGGCCUGAAGCUGAUGCUGCUGUUGGAAGUGAUCUCCGGGGAGACCCUGCCCAAGCCCGACCGGGGCAAGAUGCGCUUCCACAAGAUCGCCAACGUGAACAAGGCGCUGGACUUCAUCGCCAGCAAGGGCGUCAAGCUUGUGUCCAUCGGCGCCGAGGAGAUCGUGGACGGCAACGUCAAGAUGACCCUCGGCCUCAUCUGGACCAUCAUCCUCCGCUUCGCCAUUCAGGACAUCUCGGUCGAAGAGAUGACGGCCAAGGAAGGUCUCCUCUUGUGGUGCCAAAGGAAGACAGCGCCAUACAAGAAUGUCAACGUCCAGAACUUCCACCUGAGCUGGAAGGAUGGGCUGGCCUUCUGUGCCCUCAUCCAUCGGCAUAGGCCGGAUCUGCUGGACUACGGGAAGCUCAAGAAGGAGAACCCGUUGGAUAACUUGAAUCUGGCCUUCGAUGUCGCCGAGAAGCACCUCAACAUCCCGAGAAUGCUGGAUGCCGAAGACAUGAACAGCACGGCCAUGCCCGACGAACGUGCCAUCAUGACUUACGUGUCGUCCUACUACCACACCUUCGCUGGAGCACAGCAGGCUGAGACCGCUGCCAACCGCAUCUGCAAGGUGCUCAAGGUGAACCAGGAGAAUGAAAGGCUCAUGGAGGAGUAUGAGCGCCUUGCCAGCGACCUGCUGGACUGGAUCCGUCGCACGACCCCGUGGCUGGAGAACCGCACGACGGACAACACCCUGCCCGGAGUGCAGAAGAAGCUGGAGGAGUUCCGGGCGUACCGACGAGCCCACAAGCCUCCCAGGGUGGAACAGAAGGCCAAGCUGGAGACCAACUUCAACACCCUGCAGACCAAGCUGAGGCUGAGCAACCGGCCAGCCUACCUGCCCUCCGAGGGCAAGAUGGUCUCGGACAUUGCCUCCGCCUGGAAGGGCCUCGAGACGGCCGAGAAGGGCUUCGAGGAGUGGCUGCUCUCGGAGAUGAUGAGGCUGGAGCGGCUGGACCACCUCGCCCAGAAGUUCAAGCACAAGGCUGAUAUCCACGAGGAGUGGACCCGGGGCAAAGAGGAGAUGCUGCAGAGCCAGGACUUCCGCCAGUGCCGCCUCAACGAGGUCAAGGCCCUCAAGAAGAAGCACGAGGCCUUCGAGAGCGACCUGGCCGCCCACCAGGACCGGGUCGAGCAGAUCGCUGCCAUUGCCCAGGAGCUGAACGCCCUGGGCUACCACGACUCCGCGAGCGUGAACGCCCGCUGCCAGCGCAUCUGCGACCAGUGGGACCGGCUGGGCACCCUGACUCAGAAGCGGCGCUCCGCCCUGGAGGAGGCGGAACGGGUGCUGGAGAAGAUCGACCACCUGCACUUGGAGUUUGCCAAGCGGGUGGCCCCCUUCAACAACUGGCUGGACGGGGCACGCGAGGACCUCGUCGACAUGUUCAUCGUCCACACCAUGGAGGAGAUACAGGGCCUGAUGGAGGCACACGAGCAGUUCAAGCAAACGCUGGGCGAGGCGGACAAGGAGCACAAGGCCAUUGUGGGGCUGGCCCAGGAGGUGCAGGCCAUUGCGGGCCAGUACCAGGUGCCUGGGGGGGUCGAGAACCCCUACACCACCCUCACCUCGCAGGUGAUCACCACCAAGUGGACGGACGUGAAGCAGCUGGUGCCGAAGAGGGACCAAACCCUCCAGACGGAACUCAUGCGGCAGCAGUCGAACGAACGUCUGCGGCGCAAGUUUGCCGAGAAGGCGAACGUGGUGGGGCCGUGGAUCGAGCGGCAGAUGGACGCUGUGGCGGCCCUGGGCAUGGGCAUGCAGGGCUCGCUGGAGGAGACCUUGCACCGGCUGCAACAAUACGAGCAGGGCUCGGUGCAGUACCGGCCCCACAUGGACGAGCUGGAGAAGUGCCACCAGGAGAUCCAGGAGGCCAUGAUCUUCGAGAACCGCUACACCCAGUACACCAUGGAGACCCUGAGGGUGGGCUGGGAGCAGCUGCUCACCUCCAUCCACCGCAACAUCAACGAGGUCGAGAACCAGAUCCUGACGCGCGACUCGAAGGGCAUCACCCAGGAGCAGCUGAACGAGUUCCGCAUGUCCUUCAACCACUUCGACAAGAACCGGACGGGGCGCCUGGCCCCCGAGGAGUUCAAGUCCUGCCUGGUCAGCCUUGGCUACAGCAUCCGCAACGACCGACAGGGUGACGCGGACUUCCGGCGCAUCAUGAACAUCGUGGACCCGAACAACACGGGCUACGUGCACUUCGACGCCUUCCUGGACUUUAUGACCCGGGAGAGCACGGACACGGACACGGCCGAGCAGAUCAUCGACUCCUUUAGGAUCCUCGCCGGGGACAAGCCCUACAUCACUGCCGAAGAGCUUCGCCGAGAGCUGCCGCCCGACCAGGCGGAGUACUGCAUCCGGCGCAUGGCGGCCUACAAGGGCCACGGCGCGGUGCCCGGCGCCCUCGACUACAUGUCCUUCUCGACGGCGCUCUACGGCGAGAGCGACCUCUAGGCGGCGCUCCCGCACCCUGUUAUUUAUUUUUUUUUCCUUUCUCGUUAACCACCUGUACACUGGGUCGAGGGCAGCACAAGAGGCUCGCGAGCACGGCCCCUUCCAACCCCGUCGGCUGCGACUCGCUUUGGCCAAGGGCUCGGCUGCGUCCGGAUUGCAUCGACCGUCGUAAUUGCCGUGGUAGCCGGCUCGGCCGUUUAGGCGGUUCGGCCGUUUUGGCGGACUUGCAGACUCUCGCUCGUUUCUCUCGUUCAACGAGGGUAGCUGCAUCUCGGCCGAUUCGGCUGUCUACAACCGCUCGUAAUCGAGUUCCAUGUUUUGCGCAAAGAUUGAGGCCGGGGGAGUUUGGUUCGCUUCGGCCAUUUGCAGCGAGUCGUCUCGGGUCGCUCCGUCACGGAUGAUUUUCGUAGCCAGUCGUCGGCCCUCCGGGCAACGUAAGCCGUCCCAAGCCGGCAAUCGGUGGCUGGGGUGUUUUAUACGUAGGUCAAGAUUUCUCUCGCAUUACCGUUUUUUUUUUUUUUUACGCUGCCCCGAAACAGCGCCGAAUUUCAAAAAGACCGGGAAUUGAAUCUAACCCACCCGCCGUCUCGGGCUUCCAUAGAAUCGUCUUGUGGCUUCAUUAUUAAGGAUGUAGGCUCGCAGUGAUUUCCGAUUUGCCUCGUCUCGCCGACGUUGUGCCGCCACGAGAAGGCGUGUCGAAUCGAGGCGGGCGUCCCAUGUUUUAACAGGGUGAUCCGAAGCGACCGGAGUAUUUUUUGUUUUGUUUUCUUGUUUCAAGGCGCUGCGAGUUUUAAGUUAUGGAGGGAAAAAGAAGUAUACAGGUUUUCCAGUUUGUGCUUCUUCAGGGUGAAACACUUCGUAGUUCUUUUGUUUUGAAAGUUUGAUGAAAUUUUGGCUUGCCAGAUUACCUUUGCAGGCCAGUCAGCUGUCGUAAUUUAGUUUCUACGAUUCUCACGCGUCCGAGUCGGCCAUCGCUUUAAAUUUUCGUGCGGAGGACGUGGAAAACUUUGGUGGUGCUAAGGCAGACGACAAUAAAAGAGGCGACGCUUUUUUGGCGCGCUUCGACCGAAUCACGGAAGUGCCCCCCCAUCCCCUCCCCCCCCAAGAUUUCGAACUCGGAGACUUCUUUUUGCUGUGCUCCGGCCCUUUUUGUACACGUGGAAGACAUAGUUUAUGUAUACACACAUUUUUACGACGCGACUCUCUCGUAGGUGUUGUGCUUUGCCGGCGUCUUAUUUUGCGGCGGCGACUUUCGUUUUCUUUUGGACUGUCUCUCUCUCCGUUUUCUCCGAGCCGCGAGAAUCGUGAACGGGAAAAUAAUUUCAUUACGCUCGAAAUUGUCUUAGCCCGCUAUGAUUAGCUCACCAAAUUGCUCCGUAAAAAGCCGGGGUUUCAAUUCGGAUUGGGGAAACGUCCGAUACUCCUCUCUCUUCCCGCGUCCUUCCUUUUUUUUCUGUCCGGUUUCGUGCGUUUAUUUGUGGUUUUGUUUCGUUUUUUUUUUCUUUUGGAGAGCACUAGUCUAGAACCUUACAUUAUAUUUAAGUGCAGAGGUUGGUUGGUGAGGUACGUGUACUAAAAUCAGUGCCUAGGCGACUUUGGAGGCGGCGAGUUGGCACGCAACUAGCCCUCUCCUGUCCCCCCAUCUCCUCUACCCUUUUCUAAUUUAUCUCGAAUUCAACUAUCCUCAAAAAGCGAAAAGGGUGGAAACUGCCGGGUUGUGCGUGAAGUGUGUGAAUGUUGAUGUGCGUGUGUUUGUAUUUGUGUGUCCUUUGACAACGCCCCUCCCCCCUCCAUUUUUUUCCCAAGCCCCCGUCAUUUGCCGUCACGAAGUAAAGACUGCAUUUCGAGCCCUUAUGCCAUGGAUCGUUUUUGUCUGCUUCCGCGUUGAGACUCGUUUCGUUUUCUGAGCAGGGGUUAAUUGAGAAACAGAAACAGUUUUUGCAAAGUAUAUACCGCAGCACGGCAACGCUUUUAUCGGAGUUUUCGGUUGUUUGUUCUUUCCGAAUAUACCAGGUGCCAAAACUUUUUUGGGGCAUGUUUCGUUGUUCUUGAACAGGUUGCCAAGAAUCGUGCUUUUUCAGGCGAGAGUUGAAGCGGCGUAUUAAAGCGAGCUUGAAGCGACUUGCGCGCCGGUUCCUCGUUCUAAUGCGUCACCCGCUGAACAAAGCCUUUUUUUUUUUUUUUGCGUGUUGGAAGUUGAUUUGAGUGGAUGUACAUGGAUCCAAAUUACCGCCUUCGCAAAGGCAUUGCGAACUUUGUCGACAUUGAUCUUCUGCAGAUUGGUCUUUUUUUUCUCCCCGGUCGUACUGAAUAAAGGCGUUUCAACAAAAUCAAA